GCUGGUUACAAGACCAAAGAGAAACACUUGAGUUUGAAAUUGGUCACUUUCUUUUUCAAGGAUUUUUUUUACCCUCUCUUCCCAUGUUCCUGCUUACGGGUUCUGCGUGAGGCAGAGUGCCCAGCGAAGACCCUCAUCAUGCCGACUACUUGUGCAAGGUGCACCUUGGGAGUCUGACCCAUCAUGUGCAAAUGGACACCUACUACCGCUGGUCUCCACUCCGACCUCACCUUCGCCGGCUCAGCCCUCCCUUCUUAUCCUUUUUCUUUGGUAUGCCUGUCCCUGCUCUUUCUAGCUUGCUCUGCUCUUGGAGGUUGCUCACCUACACUGGGCCAUGACCCCCUUCAUGCGCUGGCACAGGGCACAAACUGCUCGUGGACUCUGGAGCGGCACACGCGCAGCUACAACCACCUCGAGGGUGACGUCCGUCUUCGGCGCCUCUAUUCCGCCAACAAGUUCUUUCUCUGCAUCGACAAGACGGGCAAGGUGGAUGGCACACGUCGGAAGAAUUACCCUGACAGUCUGAUGGAAAUCCGAUCUGUCAGUGUGGGAGUUGUCGCCAUCAAAUCUGUCAGCACUGGCCUGUACCUAGCUAUGUCCAAAAAGGGAACGCUCUUCGGAUCGGUCAGAUACAGCCCCAGCUGCAAGUUCAAAGAGCGCAUAGAAGAGAACGGCUAUAACACCUACGCCUCGCUGCGCUGGAAGCACAGGGGCAGGCAGAUGUUUGUGUCGCUGAAUGGCCGAGGGAAACCCCGCAGAGGUCACAAAGCUAGACGGAGACACCCAUCUACUCAUUUCCUCCCUAUGCUGGCCACAUAG